AUGCUCCGUACGAGGAUUCCUUCCAGCCGCCGGCCUAAUGUCAGGCCGUCAUGCGCCCCGGUCUCGGACGGGUUGCUCAACGUGUCGCACCCGCAAAGUGAAUGGUUAGAAGUGGCUCGCAAAUCACGGGGAAAGAGGACGAGUGCAAAGGCCUCGAGGGAAAGUCAGGCCAAGUUUUCGACUCUUUUACCCCGGAUUGAGGAUCCGGCGCACAUUGUUGCGCUAGAUCCCUUGACGCUUUUCUACCCCUUUUCUCUGUCGGCUCAAGACCGGGAGUAUCUGGCAUUUUUCCCCCACACGUCGUUGGUGCAGUGGUUUGGGAAGCCGUGGAAGUGGGCGUCUCUAAAUUAUCUACACAGUAAGAUUGCGCCGCAUUCGGUCGUGGUCAUGAGGAUGGUCCUAGCCAUUGCUGCAGCGGAACUAGAAAGCAUACGAUACGCGCAACAGACACAGAGUAGUGGCGAACCCCCUCGCCAAAGGGAUCAUGAACGCUGGGUAGCAGGGACCCACCACUACAGAAUUGCGCUCAGGGGCUUUCAGAGUUUGCUUGUGAAGUCCCGGCCUCUGUCAGAGCAAGAGUUCGAUGAGAUUUUGGCAGCAUUUUUAUUGAUGGCAAUUUAUGAACUCCACUUCAGCGCCGACACAGCCGGACUACAGGUUCACAUUAGUGGUAUUUAUACAUUUCUACGUGUCCGAGGCGUGACAUUCCAAGGUACCUGGCAGCAGGGAAGCAAUCUACCUGUCUUGAGCCAACAACUACUUUUAUUUAUCAUGUAUAUACAUAUAUCGAUUAUUCACCAGGGUCAGGCUGUACCAAGUCUCUGGGAGAGGGCCGGCCACGAAAGCCAACUGCCUUCAAUUUUAGACAAGCUUUUCUACGCAAGUCGAAAUGUCCACCUCUCCAUAUGGCAGUCGGGGUACCCGACUCAGGAAUUAGUUGAUGACUUUUCCGUUUUCCGCCCUCUGGAGCUAUUCAACGAGUGUAACAAAUUCAAGCUUCUUAUCAGAGACCAACAAUUGCAAUCAGCUGUAGAUGCGGACAAAUUAGCAAUGGAACUUGCCGACAUCGGAAACCGAUUCCAGGAUCUGAUCGCACUUAGUCAGCGGUGUGACUCGGGGUUGUGCAAACGAGAGCUUCAGACUAUCUAUUAUGUAGUUGCCGAGUUUCACGCGAUAGAGUUGAUGCUCCACCAGACAAUCUGCACGGCAAAGAAUGAAUCCUGUCAUCGGCGAUCCCUUGACGCUUUCAUGCGGAUUCUCAAGAAGAUCUCAGCUGAUGACGACUCCAAACUGGGGAGAGUCUUCUGGGCCAUGAUUGUGACGGCGGAGUCAAUAUCUGACGAGGACCACCGUCAAUGGAUCCAAGACGCCCUUCAGCGCAUCCGGAAUAUGGGAGUAUACAAGUCUGUAACGCUCUGUGCCAUGGACAAAUCGUGCGGUGGGUCUGUUAGUUCCAACUUGCACAAUAAUCAGUAUAUCGUGGGAUCUCCGCAUUAA